UGGUUGUUAUAGUGAUAAACUGAGGCCUUGCCUCUUGGCUUUCCGGGGAAAGAAACGGGGGGGUGGGGUGGGGGGGUGAGGGCGGGCAACCUCAUUACUUCCCCCGGGGAAGACAGAAAGAAGGGAAGAAGAAGGGGGAUGGGUAGGGAAGAGAAAAAUACGUGACAAAGAAAACAUUCUCUGCCUGGGAGGAGACUCACAGAAGGUGUAGUGCUGGAGGGAGCACUCACUGGCCAUGCCAGUACUUACCACUGAUGCUGAGUCAGAAACAGGUAUCCCAAAAUCCCUUUCCAAUGAGCCUCCCUCAGAAACCAUGGAGGAAAUAGAGCACACAUGCCCACAGCCUCGACUGACCCUGACUGCACCUGCCCCAUUUGCAGAUGAAACCAGCUGUCAGUGCCAAGCACCCCAUGAAAAACUGACCAUUGCUCAGGCCCGCUUAGGAACACCAGUUGACAGGCCUGUCCGAGUAUAUGCAGAUGGAAUAUUUGACCUCUUCCACUCAGGUCACGCAAGGGCACUUAUGCAAGCAAAAACGCUGUUUCCCAAUAGCUACUUGUUGGUAGGAGUUUGCAGCGAUGAUCUUACCCACAAAUUCAAAGGGUUCACCGUGAUGAAUGAAGCAGAGAGAUAUGAAGCUCUCAGACACUGUCGCUAUGUGGACGAAGUCAUCAGAGAUGCUCCAUGGACCCUCACACCAGAGUUUCUGGAAAAACACAAGAUUGACUUUGUGGCUCAUGAUGACAUUCCAUAUUCUUCUGCUGGCUCUGAUGAUGUUUACAAGCAUAUAAAGGAAGCAGGAAUGUUUGUUCCAACACAAAGAACAGAAGGUAUCUCAACAUCAGACAUCAUCACCAGAAUUGUCCGUGACUAUGAUGUUUAUGCCAGACGCAACCUCCAGAGAGGGUACACAGCCAAGGAACUGAAUGUCAGCUUUAUAAACGAGAAGAAGUAUCGUUUCCAGAACCAGGUAGACAAGAUGAAGGAAAAGGUCAAGAACGUGGAGGAAAGAUCAAAGGAAUUUGUGAACAGAGUGGAAGAAAAGAGCCAUGAUCUAAUUCAAAAGUGGGAAGAGAAGUCGAGGGAAUUCAUUGGCAACUUUCUAGAACUAUUUGGACCUGAUGGAGCAUGGAAGCAGAUGUUCCAGGAGAGGAGCAGCCGGAUGCUACAGGCCUUAUCCCCGAAGCAGAGCCCUGUGAGCAGCCCGACCAGGAGCCGUUCCCCUUCCCGUUCUCCGUCACCCACCUUCUCAUGGCUCCCCAUCAAAACCUCACCCCCCUCCUCGCCCAAAGCAGCCUCAGCCUCCAUCAGCAGCCUGAGUGAGGGGGACGAGGACGAGAAGUAAAGGCUGCUGGCAGACAAGAGCCACACCACACAGGACGGGGAGAGCACGUCACAGGAUGCCUGGGUGGUGUUUGAAGGGGACUAGUCACAGGAGCUGCAGCUCAGCAGGGAGACCCUGCUUGGGACCAGUUCUCCCUCACUGUCCACACAGCCCAACACUUGGGCUCCGCAUGGAGGUUUCCAGCUGGACAACCUAUACCAACCUUCUUAGCUUCAUCUGGAAGAAUCACUCUGCUUUAACCUUGCUAAGGAAAGAGGCAGAGUGCCCCAGGGAGACUUGCACUGAGUGGGGUGAGUCCUGCUUUGGUCCUUACACCUACUUCCAGCAAGUAAACCACCUGUGGAAGCGGCUGUUCCCUCAACCUGCUACUUCUGGCUCUGUAAGGGCCCUGCACGUUGCCUCCUACCACCGAAGCUCUGCCAGAAUAAAGUUAUUUUCAAGAGAGGUGAAAAAGUGUUUCUGAAAUAGUCAAGUUAAAGACAUUCCAACCUUCUCUGUUCAGCCACUAAGACUUGAUAUUGCAACACAUCGAUUCUUUCCAGUUCCAGAAAUAUGGCUCAUAGACAAAGCCUUGCUGAAGGUCAGCUAUGAAAGGUGAACCUUAUUCAAAGGAUUGCUUUGUCAAGAUGUACUGCACAUAAGGCCUAAUGUGUUCCUGGUUGUACUUUCUCAUCAUUGGUUUGACUUCAGUGUUUUCCAGAAAUGACCUUAACCUGUGGGAACUGCAACAAAGAAAAACAUCCUGUGUAAGAAAGGAGAAGCUGCUUAGCUUUGGCUCCAAGUUUAGCAGAUGAUAAAUGUCUCCUGAAGCUUCUCCUUAAAGGAUGCUAUCAUGGAAUGGCUUUUCCCAUCUCUGACCAAUUAACAGUUUCAUAGACCUCAAGUAACAGUUCAAUGUACCAAACACAUAGUGUACCAAUAGGGGGUGCUACCUGCAUGUACCUGUUCUGCGUAUGCUCCAAAUAUGCCAUUCCAGGCAUAUACCAUAUGCAAUAUGAAUAUAUGAUGGUGGCAUUUUACAAUAUACUUCUCUCCUGCUCUCCAUCCUAAUACCCUGCUGAAAUCCGUGCUCUAAAGAACCAUCUGGUUCCCUUAUGACUUGGGCACUUUGUCAAAAACUCAUCCCAGAUUCUCAUAGAAAUGUUUUGUCCCAACCAGGAAAUUAGUUGGUGGUUCUCGUGGCCUUCUAUAACAUUCUGGGAUGAAGGGAGGCUCUGAAGGGUUUUGCAGAGCACUGUGGGCUCAGUUAUGAUCUCAGUAUCUGAAGGAUCUAGCUGGUAUUGUAGUUAUCUCUGGCCCUAGGUUUGCUGAAUGGAACUCUAAGCAUUCCUGCUGAGUUGUCUGAAGUUACUGCUUCCUGAUCAUAUAUAGGAAAUGAGCAGGUAGAGUCAAGGUUUGGAACCAAACUCAUGGGUAUAAAUAGGUAUUGCCUGGUUGUCCCUCUAAAGUCAGAGACAGACCUGGGGUCUGACGGAGCAGAGGCCCAAACCAGCAACUUGUGGGCAGAGUCCAGCAUCUCUUGUGCCAGGAAUGCCCUUUGUCAGAGGCCUUGGGAACCAGCCGUCUAGGCAAUAAGAGGUGCAACCAGUGAAGGAAGGUGGCAUGUCUUUCCCCUUUGUGUUGGGGUUGAACUACCUCCCUGCCCACCUGGAGAUGAGUGGUGUGUGUUGGGAAGCAAAACUAUGAGGCUAAACUGGCCUGGAACCUCCUUGUUCGUGGCACUUUCUCCAGAACUCUGUAAAGCACUCAUGAGGGACAGAGAACUGGCAGGAACCAGGCAUGUGAGAAAACUUCCUUUUGCUCUGCAGAGAGGCAAGGGCCCCGUUCUUCCAUUGUGCCCACUUGGCCUCUGUCUUCCAUCUGCAUUCAGGACACGCUGUGCAUGUCUGCCUGCCAUUUCAGCUGGUUGACACCUGUAGCAGUGAAAGGAUGAGGAGAUCAGCCAGGCAAGUGAAGGUAGUGACAACAAGAGAAAAGGAGAAAGGAGGUUCCUGGAGAGAGGAAAGGAGGAUAAAGAAAAUCUGCUCUCUUAAACCAUUUCAGCACCUCUCUGUAGAUGAAACUCUCUCCUGGGAGGGCUCUUAUGCUCUUACUCCAUGCUCCGGGGCAGACAGAUGCACUUUCACCUGAAUCCUACUCUGGAGCAAAUAAUGUGGGGUUGAUGUGUCAGGCUGACUAAACUUGCAGCCCUUACAUGCCAUACUGACAGGUGCCAUUUGUGUGGCUCAUCAGAUAGUGCCACCGUAGCUGCCAAUUAGGGGAAACAACCAAUGCCUGGGUUAUUCCAGGCAUGGGUCAAAACAACCCACAAGUGG